UUAAGAGUUGUUCUUCUAGAUAUCAUUUCUGCUAUUAAAGGGUUUUGGAGUUAUGCAACACUCAUAACAAAGAGCUUCGCAAUUCUUUUGAGAAAUGUGUCCCAAAGUUCUCACGUUUUUGCUGGUUGCUUCCUUUCAGAUUUAUACAGAGACCUAUGGUGAUGAUUUUACAGUAAUGAGUAUGCUCAUGGAUGCCUGGAAAAACACACCACGUAAUUGGGUAGGUGCAGAUCCCUGUGGAGGCAAAUGGGAAGGCAUUUCAUGUUACAAUUCACGUGUGACUUGGAUAACGUUGGCAGCUGAGGGAUUGACGGGUGAGCUGCCUGGAGACAUCUCCUACUUGUCAGAAUUGGAGGUUCUGGAUCUAUCGUACAACACGGGUUUGAGCGGUACACUUCCGGCAUCAAUUGUGAAUUUGAAGAAGCUAAAAAACUUAAAGUUGGUUGGUUGUAGUUUCUAUGGCCCUAUCCCUGAGUUGAUAGGGUCUCUUCAGCUGCUGGAGUCUCUAGACCUGAAUUCUAAUAGAUUCACUGGACAAAUUCCACAUUCAAUUGGAAACCUUUCGAAACUCUUUUUGCUGGAUCUAUCUUAUAAUCAGCUCGAUGGAGCCAUCCCUGUCUCCAGUGGAACUACAUCUGGUCUUAAUAUGCUAGUUAAUACAAAACACUUUCAUCUAGGAAGGAAUCGGCUCUCAGGCACAAUCCCGAAAGAACUUUUCAGAUCAGACAUGACUCUCAUUCAUGUGCUUUUGCAUGACAAUAAUCUCACGGGAAGCAUUCCUUCUACCCUUGGACUUGUGCAGACUUUGGAGGCUAUACGUUUUGAAGGGAAUUCAUUAACUGGACCUGUCCCUCCAAACCUCAACAAUCUUACCACUGUGAAGACGUUGAUUUUGUCCAACAAUAAAUUUACUGGGCCUGUUCCUAAUCUCACUGGCAUGGCUUAUCUCAGCUACUUAAUGAUGGAAAACACUGGACUUGAAGGUCAGAUUCCUCCUACCCUCUUCGAUCUUCCUAGUUUACAGACUUUGAUUCUAAGGAACAACCAGCUCAAUGGCACAUUGGAUAUUGCAAGAAGCUCUAGCAGCCAGCUGGAAGCCAUUGAUAUGCGAAACAAUCUCAUUUCAUUCUAUUCAGAAACACCAGAACAAAGGAAUAACGUGGAUGUAAUACUUGUGGGUAACCCAGUUUGUGAGCGUACAGAAGCAACAGAACAUUACUGCACAGUUCAUCAAGCCAAUUCUUCGUUUCUCCUCCCCUGCACUUCAGAUCAGAUUUCCAGUCCCAACAGCAAAUUCUCUUAUCCGUACACAGGAGUACUAUUCUUCAGACCUCCAUUUUUAGAGUCAAGAAACGCAACUUCUUAUCGAUGUCUGGUAGAAGAGUCUCUGAUGCAUUCCUUUAAGAACUCUAGGCUUCCUGUGGAUUCAGUUUAUGUAAAUUGUCCAACAAAUGAUUCGUUGGGGUAUCUUGAAUCGAACGUAUCUGUGUUUCCUUCGGGCCAAAAUCACUUUAACACAACUACGAUUUCUGAAAUUGGAUCUGUGCUAAACCUUCAGACUAUUGAAAAUCCAGAUAUCUUUGGACCUUCACAUUUUAAGGGUGCUGCAUACCCAUACUUCGAUGGAAAACUCACGGUAUCAAACAAGUUAUGGAGCACUGGAAGUAUCAUUGGGGCUGCGGCUGGAGGAGCCUCUUUCCUGCUACUAUUGCUUCUUGCAGGGGUAUACGCUUAUCGUCUGAAAAAAAGAAGAGAAAGAGCAAGUGAACAGAAGAAUCAUUUUGCAUACUUGGAUUUAAAGAAAAGUGACAGAGUUCCUCAGUUGAAGGGAGCCAGAUGCUUCUUUUUCGAUGAGAUUACGAAGAGCACCAAUAAUUUCUCGGAAGCCAAUCAUAUUGGUUCAGGGGGUUACGGAAUGGUUUAUAGAGGGAUGCUUCCUACUGGACAACUGAUUGCCAUCAAACGAUGUCGACAAGGAUCGGUGCAAGGUGGGCUUGAAUUCAACGCAGAGAUAGAAGUUUUAUCGAGAGUUCAUCAUAAAAAUGUUGUAAACCUUGUUGGGUUUUGCUUUGAGAGAGGUGAACAGAUGCUAAUUUAUGAGUUUGUUCGCAAUGGUAGUCUCAGGGACAGCCUAUCAGGUUUGAGCGGGAUCUGGCUGGAUUGGAGGAGGAGACUUAAUGUGGCUCUUGGUGCAGCAAGAGGUCUUGCCUACUUGCACGAGCUUGUCAAGCCUCGUAUUAUCCACAGGGACGUAAAAUCAGCUAACAUAUUACUGGAUGAAAGCUUAAAUGCUAAAGUUGCUGAUUUUGGUCUUUCCAAGCCCAUGGACAAUAGUGAGCUUAUUCUUGCUACCACUCAAGUUAAAGGGACAAGGGGUUAUAUAGAUCCAGAAUAUCAGGAGACCCUGCUCUUGACUGAGAAGAGUGAUGUCUAUGGCUUUGGAGUUGUGUUGCUGGAACUAGUAAGUGGAAGAAAGCCUUUAGAGCGAGGGAAAUACCUUGUAGCGGAGGUAAGUAGCUCAUUGGAUAGAAAAAAAGAUCUAUAUAGCCUUCAUGAACUUCUUGACCCAAGCAUUGGUUUAGACACGAAGCCGGAAGGUCUAGAUAAGACAGUGGAUCUGGCAAUGAAAUGUGUACAAGAGAAAGGAAGUGACAGGCCAACAAUGGGUGAAGUGGUGAAAGAGAUUGAGAAUAUCUUGCAUCUUGCUGGUUUAAACCCCAAUGCUGAAGCAGAAUCCACUUCAGCUAGUUUUGAGGAAGCAAGCCAGGACGAGUUUCCACCAUCCUUGAAGGAAGAAGAGCUUUCAUUAUCUUGAGUCUAGAACCAUGAUGAGCAUUGUUUAGCUGGGAAAGAUGAGAAGUUGCUUCAGUACUGGGUGUUGGAAUAUUUUCUUGCGAUCGAUGUUUGCCGCGUGUGGUGCAUCAGAUUUGUAAGAGUCAACUACUUGUGAAUAUAUAGUUAGCAAAACCUUUGUAUGUUGGGUGAAAGAAAUCCUGGGUGAAUAUAUAGUUACAUUAAUUAUGUUAGAAAUUAAACUUAUGCCAGUUGAACUUAUUGAUCUAUUACAUCUCACUUGAAUCAAAGGAGAGUAAAAUGAUGAGCAUUUUCUGUG